UCUCUCUGUCAGCCUCUCUCUCUCUCUCUCUCUAUCUCUCUAUCUAUUGGUUUGUUAAUGUGUCUCGCCCACAUGUUCUCUCUCAUUCAGUAGUAGUCUGUGUAUACACAUCAGUGUAUGAAUGUGUGUGUGUGUGUAGCUUGCUUGCUGGACUUUCCCCCUGCACUGUGGACAUUGUUUUUCCUCAGUCCUGCGGGGCACUGGGGCCUUUUUUUUUGUCCCCGCUCGCUUUGUCUUAUCAUCCAGAGGAAGGAAUUUGAAAGGCAGGCUCAGAGCCCGAGAGGAACUUUUUUCCACCCUGCUUCACUUUCCCAUGCUGACUUGCUGCUGGAGCGAGCGGCCUCAGUGAGUGAGUGUGUGUGCUGGAGGACGUGUGGACGGAGACAUGCUGCGAAACGGCUCUUCAGGCUCCCUCACCACUACUUCCACCCCAGACGAAAGGGGUACGAGGGGAAUCAGGCGUCUCAGAUUGACCCUUCGACCUGAUGACAUCUCGGUUGGACAGUAUGACGCGACGAAGAGUCCUGCACAAUCUGAGGGGAAGAUGGGUAAUGAAUCCUGGAUGAAGAAGAACGGCUUCAUGCAGAGAGAGAGACCGGCUGGCCGAGAAUCACCUGUGGAGGAGAAGCACUCCUGCAGUGUCAGCAAUGGCGGUGUUGCUGAGCGCGAGACGCUGCCGGGACUCCGGGUGUACGGUGUGGUGCAGCACUCGGGAGAUCAGCAGCAGCAGGAAGUGAUGGCUCGGGAGUGGCCUGGCAAUCACCUGAAAGAGGAGAUGAGGUACAUCAAAGAGGUGCGAGACUCGUUAGAGAAGGUCAGAGAGCGGAUGUACGGCCAGUUCGGAGGAAUGCAACAAUCAAUACAAAAACUCUCACAAGAAUUAAGGGUGGCUAACUCUCAUAAGCGCUAUUUGGAAGGAGAGGUGAGGACGAGAAAAGCUGCUUUUGAGAGUUUCGAUCAGAUGAACAGCUCUCUUAUAUCAGCCAACAUCGACCUGCAGAAGUCGCUGCUGGAGAGCUGUCAGGGCCGAGUGGGAAACAGAGAGGAAAUGAAAGCAAUGCGCAGCUCCUUCGAAAAGACUGAGGAAAAUCUGAGGGAACGGGAGAAACAGCUGGCUGUAGCCAACGCUGAGAACCGCAUGCUAAAGCAGCAGAUGCAGUCAUCACAGGAAGACAAUGCUCGAGCCCUGCAGGAGAUGAGUGCUAAACUUCAGCGACAGUACGAGGAAAAGCUGCAGGAAGAGCAGAGGAAACACAGGCAGGAAGUGGAAGCGCUAAAGGCUCAGCUGGAGGAGUAUGUGAGGCGACUGGAUGAGGCAGAGGAGAACAUGAGAAUUGCUGAGGCAAAGAUUGCUGAGAGGGACCAGAGGAUAAUCGAGGUGGAGCGCCUGCUCGACUGCAUGGCUCAGGAAAAGGGCCAGCUAACUAAAAAACUGUGUGAGUGUGAACAGCGCCUGCGCAGCCUUGACCAGGACCAGAUUGACUCAGGGGGGGUCAAAAAGGCUGAGCAGCUUCAGGUACAGAGAGAGGCAUCAGAGCUGAAAGAAAGAAUAAAGCACCUAAACGACAUGGUGUUCAGUCAACAAAGAAAGGUCAAGUCAAUGAUAGAGGAGGUGACGACACUGAGAGCUGAUGUGGCCAGGAAGGACAUGUACAUAUCAGAGCUGCUGGACAGGCUGGCGAUAGUGGAGUGUGAGAAUAAUGAGUUAGAAGACAAGCUGAAGUUUUUUAUGUCUGUACAGAAAACAAAUGAAAAUAAACCCAUCACCAAAGAGAUUGGAGUUGGCUGCGACUUGCCAGUUAGCUUUCCCGAGCCUCAGCCGUACGAGGCCCCGUCAGUGCCCAGACGCUCGAGCCGACUGGACAACAGUUUACUAAGAUACUCGCCUCUACAGUACAGCAGCAUGCUGACGUUACACACCCGAAAUCCUGCUUCAAGCCCUGGACGUGAAAAACUGACACCAUCCACCUCAUCAAGUACAGAACUGACCGCCUCCACGUCCACUUCCACCUCCUCCACUGUGUCCUCCGCUGUGUCCACCUCCACGUCCUCCUCCAUGUUCUCCUCCACGUCCUCCUCCGCGUCUUCCUCCGCGUCCUCCUCCAUGUUCUCCUCCACGUCCUCCUCCAAAUCCAAAAUCUACACACCUUUCAUGAGGCUGAUGGAGAUCUCUGCGAAUCUCAAAGUAGACUGAAGCUCACACGGUGAAUAAGCUCAACUCUGAACUGGAAGAUGAAGUAUUUGUGUUUUGUUUCUGGUCACUUUAUAAGGAAGGAAUUGUUCAUGAAUCUGUGAAUAACUUAUUAUUUGAGUGGAUUCACUUUUUAUUUUUCUACCCAGGGUUUGAUUCUUGUUCCUGGUUACAGUUUGAGCUUGGGCAUGUUCUCCACAUGUCUGCAUGCAUUUUAUUCUGGUACUCUUGCAUUCCUCCUACCUCACAAAAAAUACCAGGUCUGGAUUGGCUACUCUAAAUUACCCCUUGCUGUAGGUCAGUGUGUGUGUGGCACUUCAUCCAGGGAGUUUCCAGGGUGAUAUUAGGAAGGGGGUGUCCGCUGGUCCCUAAAAAGCCCUAAUACAAAUUGGCUAGCAUGUCAGCUACGUGCUUCCAUUUAGAGGGACAAGCUGAGAUAGACAAAUGUACAUUUAAAGGUGCACUAGCCAAUAUUUAAUUGUUCCUGCUGUGUGGUGUUCUGGACCUAAGACCAACUCUGCCACCAUGCUGCCACCAUGUUGCCGUUCAAAUCUUACACACGGAGUGAAAAGCUGAUGAAAGCUAAUAAAAAUCAUUAUGUUCAAAUACAGUAUUAACACGUCUCAUAAACAUGCUACAAUAAUAAUUACAAAACAGUGAAUGUUGGGCGGCAUGGUGGCUUGGUGGGUAGCACUGUCGCCUCACAGCAGGAAGGUCCUGGGUUUGAUCCUCAGGUGGAGUGGUCUGGGCCCUUUCUGUGGGGAGUUUGCUUGUUCUCCCCGUGUCUGUGUGGGUGUCCUGUGGGAGUUCCAGUUUCCUUCCACAGUCCAAAAACAUGCAAUCAGAUACAAAAUUGUGUGUUUGUGUGUGUGUUUGCUUGCCCUUUGAUGGACCGGUGACCUGUCCAGGCUGCCCCAGUGAACUUUUGCCCAGUAAUUCAGACCCACUGCCACCCUAUAUAGGAUAAAGCUGUAGUAAAACAGUACAAAUAAGGCUAGCACAGUGGCACAGCUUGUGUUGACCUGGAUUUGCUCCCUCAUCUCUUAUCACUUUUUGCAAACGAUUUUGCAUGUUCUCCCUGGCUGUGGGUCUCUUUCAGGGAUGUUAGUUCCCCCACCUCCCAAGUACAUGCAGAAGGUGAAUGUGUUGCCCCUGUACAGGCUGUAUUGAGCCUGGUGUUUUUGGGUGGCACCAGACUGAUUGUGAUCCCGAUAAAGCAGCUGAUGAAUAUAUAUAGACAUGAAUGUAUGUGGCAUAUUUGUCUACAGUCACACAAAACACACACAGUAUAUUGAUGCACUUUUGCUUUUUACUUUGUUUACAGUAACAAAGGCUACACAGUGAUAUAGAUUUAUGGGAUGGAAUAUAUUUGAAAGAUUUAUAUUUUUAUUUACCGUUUCUUACAAAACCUUACUUGGCCUUAAAUCACUUUCUUAUCUAAAUUGUGUGUAACCAUGUUUAUAUGGCUUGUAUUUAAUGCAAUAAUAAACAAAAUAUAUAUUUGGGUCUAUAAUACAAUCAGAUUCAUUAUUGUGCUUGAUAAAUUAGAUUGUGCAAGUGAGAUCAGCUCUGGUCAUUUUCCCGGCCAGACCUGCAAAGAGAAAAAGACCAAACAGUCGUGUUGAAGUCGAGGGGGGAUAUGCUGUAUUUCUAAAGGUGGGUUCUACACACUAAAAUAUGUGUAUUUCAUGUCAGUGUCAAUAAUUAUGUGAUUUCUAAGGUGAAGAAUUAAACCCAAACUGUCACGCUAUGUUAAAA